UCCCACCCUACCGAGAGCGCGUGCGCGAACGGUGCUAGCUCCGCCCUCGCCCGGCCACCGUCGGUUCCGGUGGAGGGGGCGUGGCCUCGCCGGGCGGCGGGAGGCGGCCGGGCCGGGCCGGGCCGGGCUCCGGGACGAUCGCGCAGUACAUGGUAUCUCUGUUACCUUCUGGCCAUCCCAAUAAUGAAAACAGAAGCUAAGGAUGGAGAAGAGGAAAGCCUGCAGACAGCAUUCAAGAAACUAAGGGUUGACACAGCUGGAUCUACUGCUUCUGUCUCUGUGGGUGAAGGGACAAGUCCAAGAGCACUAGUUAGAACAGUGGCAGAUGAAACCAAACCUAAGAAUGUGUGUACUUCUAAGGAAACCUGGCAUGGGUCUAUGAAGAAGCCUUCAAGAGGAGUUGUGAGAACCCAGCGUCGCAGGCGUUCCAAGUCUCCAAUUCUUCAUCCUCCAAAGUUUAUCCACUGCAGCACAAAAUCACAUUCCACGUGCAACCAGCUAGUGCACAAGAGCCAGACUGAUGCCCUGGACGGCAGCAGUGGGCUUGGGAUGCCAGUCCCAAAGGAUGUUUGUGCACAUGAACGAUGCAGUAUUGCUCCUGAUGUUGGCCAGAAGGGAGCUGAUGUUGAGUCUUUGGGAGCUUCUGUUACACAGUCGGCAUCAGAGAACAGACAGAACUCUCCAGCUGCCGUUUCUCUAGUAUCCAAAGCAAGCCUAAAGACUAUGGAGCUUUCUGACUUUCAGUCUAUGUCCAAGCUGAACACGAAUAAGCCGUGUGCGUGUGCAGAUAAAGCCUGUCAGUGUAAACGAUGGCAAGAUAUGGAAGUGUACAAAUUCUCUGGCUUGCAGAACACCCUUCCGUUGGCACCUGAUAGAAGAACAGUUUCUGAGGAUCACUCCCAGUCUUUGCCACCAAGAACUCCCUCAAGUUCUCCACGCUCUUGCUCCGAGCAAGCCAGGGCCUUUGUGGAUGACGUGACUAUCGAAGAUCUUUCAGGAUACAUGGAAUAUUACUUGUAUAUUCCAAAGAAGAUGUCUCACAUGGCAGAAAUGAUGUACACCUGACAGCAAUGAGCACUAAAAACAGAAGGGUGGGUGGUUUAAAUCUGCCCUCCGUCACACUCAUGUGAGAUGCAACCCACUCCCUGCUCACUGUGCUUGCAAUAAAAACACUUUGCAUCUUAGCUAAUGUUCAUUAUUUAAGCUGGACAAAUAGUUUAGCUUAAGCAUUAUAGUUUAAGCUUGGAACAGAUAAUGAAGUAAACACAGUGAAUGUGUUCAGAGCAUACCUGCCUAUGCUUAAGUGACCUAACGCUUGGGAAAUUCUACUUUGUUUUCAAAGUCCUCCCAUUUCAGUUUGCUGGAAGAGAAAAGUCUCUGGAUUGCUUGGUGAUUAGAGCUCUUAUUGUGAGAAACCUGGUGUAAUUCAGCUUCUCUGAAAUUGUUUUUAUCUCAGGUUGUUAACACUUGUGGUUUGGGACGCUUGUGCCUCUGAUUUUAUUUCAUAAAGGAGUAACCAUCCCGUCCUCUUCCUGGUACUAUUACCACCCUAGGCAAAUUCAGGAGAGAGUGUUGUCUUUUCUUGGGUUGGAGACACUGUUAAUUCUUUGUGCCUAAAGAGGCUUUAUUUCUGAACAGCUGAACGGGCAUCCUCCUGCCCUACUUUUGGUGAUGUUAAUGUAGCCAGAUGCUCUUGGGUUAAAUUAACAUUUGCUUGCAAGGCUGCCUGGUGAGAAAAGAAACUUGGACAAUAAAAGCGCGAGAUUGUUUCAA